UCUACACACCCAGCCCCCUAAUAAUCAUAUCGGUUCCACCCUCUUUUUUUCCUUUAAUCACAAAUCAUUAAGCAGGUAGUAUCUCAGGGCCUCGUGUCACCUCGGUAGCCCAGUAUUUACAGAUGUAAAUUCUGUCAUUACCACCAGGUAUGGAACCAAGCAACCUUACUGGCAGAUCAACAAAGACCAGUCUCCUUAAAAAGGAAUUUAAGCGUUAGAAAUUAGUCUAUUCAUUACAUGCCCCAGAAUGAACCCUCAAAAGCAACACGAAAUUAUCCAACAGAUGUUACUGAAUUCCUAAACUGUCCCCCUCCAAGAGCAGGGUUAACCCUUCAGAGUUGAAAAGAAAAGAAAAAGACACAAAAGCAAGUCUGCAAUUCCUCUUAUACGCUUUAGGGCAUCAAAAGGGGUGGUCCUCAUUGCUUUGCAAAUACGCUAUCUAAAGAUAAUCAAUAUUUCCCUUAAGCGCUUAUGGCAAAACAACCAAGUGCCUUCAUUUUAAUUGCUGGCAAAGUGCACAAUGACUUGAUCUCUUUAAUAUUUCACUCAUAGUAGCAGCCACUGAGCUAUGACUAACCCACUCUCCCCAGCAUCACCACUGGCUCCAGAUGGCAAGAAAUACAUUCCCUUCACUCCUGCCUGGAAAGCGAUUUGGAUUUUUUUUUUUUUUUUUUACUUUCACCCAGUUUUACCUGCAGUGAUUGUUUCACCCCGGAAAGAAAAUGGGUGGCGGACGAAGAUUAAUGUUAAGCGAAGUACAGCUUGCACCUUCUCUUCCUUUGCAAGAAGAUUUUGUUUAUCACUGGAAGGCAAUUACCCAUUACUACAUAGAGACUUCGGAUGAUAAAGCCCCAGUGACAGAUACAAAUAUCCCUUCUCAUCUGGACCAGAUGUUAGGUAUUUUGCUACAAGAAGAACGUGAGCGAGAAUUCGGAGUGACAGGGCCAUGCAUGGAAUAUUUGCUUCAUCACAAGAUCUUGGAAACGUUAUAUACCUUAGGGAAAGCUGACUGUCCUCCAGGAAUGAGACAGCAGGUGUUGGUAUUCUACACUAAACUUCUGGGAAGAAUCCAGCAGCCACUACUCCCACACAUUAAUGUACACAGGCCAGUGCAGAAAUUAAUUCGACUGUGCGGUGAAGUCCUUGCAACACCAACGGAAAAUGAAGAAAUCCAGUUUCUCUGUAUCGUGUGUGCGAAGCUGAAACAAAAUCCCUACUUGGUUAAUUUUUUCCUGGAGAAUAAGUUGAAAUCACUGGCUUCCAAAGGAACACCAGAUGUAAUUUCAGAAGACACAUCGAAAGGUCAAGGUCAGGAUUCCUUGUCAACAGACACGGGACAGUCGUGUCAGCCAGAGGAACUGUCUGGUGCCACGGGGCUGGAGCACGCAGAGUUAGAUGAUGAGCCUCCUCACCAGCUAGAUGACCUGUCCACGAGCCUGGAUAAUCUCACCGUCACCUCACUGCCGGAGGCCACCGUCAUUCGUCCCAACCAGGAUUACAACUUAGUGAAUUCCCUGUUAAAUCUUACUAGAAGUCCCGAUGGCCGAAUAGCUGUGAAAGCCUGCGAGGGCUUGAUGUUGUUAGUAAGUCUGCCGGAGCCUGCGGCCGCCAGGUGCCUCACACAGAGCACUUGCUUGUGCGAACUGCUGACCGACAGACUCGCCUCGCUGUACAAGGCCCUACCUCAGUCAGUGGAUCCGCUAGAUAUCGAGACCGUGGAGGCAAUUAACUGGGGCUUGGACUCAUACAGUCAUAAAGAAGAUGCUUCAGCAUUUCCAGGAAAACGAGCCUUAAUUUCAUUUCUUUCCUGGUUUGAUUAUUGUGAUCAACUCAUAAAGGAAGCACAAAAGACUGCUGCUGUUGCUCUUGCCAAAGCUGUUCAUGAAAGAUUUUUUAUUGGCGUUAUGGAACCUCAGUUGAUGCAAACUUCUGAGAUGGGUAUUCUGACAUCAACUGCCCUGCUCCAUCGCAUUGUUCGGCAAGUAACCUCUGACGUGUUGCUUCAAGAAAUGGUGUUUUUUAUCCUUGGAGAACAGAGGGAACCAGAAACUCUGGCCGAAAUUAGCAGACACCCUUUAAGACAUAGGUUAAUAGAACAUUGUGAUCACAUAUCUGAUGAGAUAAGCAUAAUGACAUUAAGAAUGUUCGAACAUCUCUUACAAAAACCCAAUGAGCACAUUCUUUACAACUUGGUCCUAAGGAACCUAGAAGAAAGAAAUUAUACUGAAUAUAAGCCUGUGUGUCCCGAAGAUAAAGAUGUGGUGGAAAACGGAUUGAUAGCAGGAGCCGUAGAUCUCGAAGAAGACCCGUUAUUUACUGACAUUUCACCAGAUAACACUCUUUCAAAUCAAGAGUGGCUUAGUUCUUCACCUCCUGCUACUCCAGACCACCCCAAAAAUGAUGGGAAAACCGAAGUCCAUAAAAUUGUAAAUAGUUUUCUCUGUCUGGUACCCGAUGAAGCAAAAUCAUCCUACCAUGUCGAGGGCACUGGAUAUGACACCUACCUCCGAGAUGCUCAUAGGCAGUUCCGGGACUACUGUGCUAUCUGCUUAAGAUGGGAGUGGCCUGGGUCUCCAAAAGCAUUGGAAAAGUGCAAUUUAGAAGCUACUUUCUUUGAAGGUCAUUUUUUGAAAGUUUUAUUUGACAGAAUGGGAAGAAUUCUCGAUCAGCCAUAUGAUGUAAAUUUACAAGUCACUUCCGUGUUAUCUAGACUUUCUCUCUUCCCUCAUCCACACAUACACGAGUACCUUUUGGAUCCUUAUGUAAACCUUGCUUCGGGCUGUAGAUCCCUCUUCUCCGUAAUCGUCAGGGUUGUUGGAGACCUCAUGGUUAGAAUCCAGCGUAUUCAAGACUUUACUCCCAAGCUUCUGUUAGUCAGAAAGCGAUUGCUUGGUUUGGAACCUGAAGGCCCUAUUAUUGACCACAUCACAUUGCUGGAGGGUGUGAUCGUGCUAGAGGAGUUCUGUAAGGAGCUGGCGGCCAUCGCAUUUGUGAAAUACCACGCUUCCUCCACCCCGUAAAUAGCAUCCUCCAAAGAACAGAGGGAGCAGAACUGCAGUACGCGUUUCAUCAAAAAAAAGACUCAGCUGCACCCAGCCGAGAGGAUAAAAAAGCCUUUUUAAAUGAAGCACUGCUGUAAGUUGGACAGAACCUUUACGAACACGUGGAGUGGACAUUCUCAGUAAAAUGUUGUAUAAUGUUGUUUUCAUUGGCGUUACCGUGAUGGUUCUCUAUAUAAGAUGGCACAUCCUUGAAUCCAGGAUACAAUCAAAGGAACUUCAGGAAAUAAGCAUCUCUAAUGCCUGUGUGAAAAGCUGCAAAAUUUCUGAUGUCACGACUUUGAAGAUAUUUCUGUUAUUUUAAUAUCCUUUUAGGUAGCAAGGCAUUUUGACUCUGGGACUCAAAUGCUUCUAUUCUUUUGGAUUAAUAAGUAGCAACAAAACAAAACGAAACAAAACUAAUUUUAUAACUUUUUAAGGUCAGAAUUCUUAUCAAACAAAAUAUGAAAAAUAAAAAAACUGUAGAUGAGAAAAAAUACAAUUCAGGAACCAUCGAGUGAGUUGAGUUAAUAUUAGGAGAUAAAAAUGUGUAGAGCACCAUUAACUUUCCUCAGCUUUUCUAAGAAUAACAAUUUAAUAUGAUGAAGAAAUUCUUGAUUAAUAUAAUAUAUAUAUUUUUUAAAGAAACGUUCUUUUACUCUUUUGUGCACAUAGCCAUGUUAGCGAUUGAUUUUCACGUAUGGGUCCCAGUGUAUUUAAACCGUGUCAUUUUUGCAACAAUGUUGAAUUUGUGCUCACCAUUGGUAAUGUUUGCUAAAAUAGUAUUUUUUAGGCUAAUUAACAUACAUUGGGUUGAGAACUUUUUUUUUUCCUUCUAUCUAUCCCUCUCUGAAAGUUGCUUUAUAAAAUUGCUUUGUAAUUUGAUUUCUUAUUGAACUACAUAGGUGGGAACUGACUGAUAACUCUUAGGCAGCAAUCAAAAUGCCAGUGGCCUCCUCAGUGUUUACAUUUAUUUUUUCAUUUUGUUCAGUCUUUCGCUUUAAAUGAUUCUAAAGAGAUUUCAAAAGAAAACCAGCGUGUCCUGUUUACAUGUUAAAGAAUUUGGGUAAAUUGGGUAUAUAUGAAGGACCAGUUCAGUAAGGCUGCGCUGUGCACAGCAUGCUUAUACUUGAUUUACAAAAUGGUGUUUGCUAAUCCGCUUUCUGUUCUUUUAAGUGAUGCUUAUCACUCAAAUACGGCUUUUAAUUUCCUCUUCUUGCUCUCCUCCUCCUCUUCCUGAAAUGUUAAGCAGCAGCACUUUGCUCUUUAUCUUUCUAUUUACUGAUACUUUGAGGGAGUGGACUGUCAGGCUUCCCAGCCUGGAAGGAGCUGUCCCUGCCCCUUGUAACAAGUUGUUUUAUGGAGCACGUUUGCAUACAUAACAUCACGUGGCAUGUGCAUCCAAGCAUGUUUUACGCCUACUGCUAAUUUUGUUGUAUUUGUGUUUCUGAUUUAUUUUCUAGUUAGUUUUGGCUAUUUAUUAAGAGCAGAAUAUCAAAAGAUUACGAAUAUUCUUGGCUCUAGAAUGCUUACCCCUGUUAAACCGAGAAGACGACAUUUCUAAUUUAAUGCAGAUCUUUGUUAACUCAGUCUAAGCACAUUUAUUAAGCAAAACAAGGAAAAGCAAAAGUGGGAGAUAGUCACUUUGUGCAUGAUUUUCUUCAAAUGAUUUUUUAAUGAUGGGAAAGCGUUGUUCAGUUCCCUGUGUUUAUUGAUCAGCCCCCGCGAAGGAACACUGCAGCAUCUCUGUUUUUAGACAUAGUUGUAGUCUACUUUGAUGUAGGUUUAUUGAAAAUAAGGCAUGAAGAGAUACGAGAUAUUUCUUGAUGUUUUCAUAGUGUUCAGUGGAUGUAAUAGCGAUGCUAUUACCUCUAAAGCCAAAUACUACUUUAUUCUUGAUUUCACAAUGGGACCUUAUAGCGAAUAUAUGACACCAAGCUCAGAAAAGCUUUAACUCGUGUGUGUGUGUUGCUUCUUAAAACAUAAUUGUUUUCCUAAGUUAUUGUAAUGAUUUUGAUCUGUAGUCAGCUAAAGCUUAAGGUGUAAGUUGUCUCUCUCCUAAGUUUCUUUUCCUUCUUUCUUCUUGGUAUUUAGUUCAGACAGACCUCGAGCCAGCCAGUUCUCCCAAGGAGCUGGAUUUGUCAGUGAAACAAUGUGCUACGUUCCUAGUCUUUUUCGUACUGCCUUGUGGAAGCCAAAUAUCUCUGUUACUCAGUGCUUGCAAACCAGUGACUCAAAUGCACUGUGCUGGGUGGAAAGUACCACCUUCACAGCCGAUCGCCGUAGCAGGUUCCAAGCCGAACAUUAGCCUUGCUUCGUAUCAAUAGAAAUGGGUGUGCACAUUUUCUUUUAAGCUUCUAACAGGAGAGUCUUUGAUUUCAUUUUUAGUAAUGAGCCACAUUCUUUACUUGAUAGAACUCAGAUUUGUCCUUAGGCAGUUAUCACGUAGUACUCCCAUUAUAACUCUGUAACGUUUUCAUAAUGUAUCUGUCUGUGCAAUAUGGAAGCUGUGAGAGGGUUCAUAGCUCUUUGGUUUAAUUGUACAUUAUGUGUGUGUACAUGUGUACAUAUAUAUAUAUGUGUGUGUGUAUAUAUAUAUAUAUGUGUAUAUAUAUAUAUAUAUAUAUAAAAGGACCAAAUCCUUAGCUUGCUUACACUGUUGCUAGUGUAAAGAUUGUUACACUUCAUUUUACAGGGCACAAAUUAUGGAAUUACUUUGUAAUUCAGGGUGACAUAUUUCCAUAAAUUAUUGCAUUAAUGUAUAACUACCAUUUAAUUAUGAAGUUCACAGGCAUUGACAAGUUGCAGUGAAGUGAAAAAACAACAAGUUAUAUGGUAGUUAUAUUUUGGGUUUUACAAUUAAUCAAAAUAUGCAUGUCAUUGAGACACUCGAUGUGUUAAAACAUGAUAGAUAAUCAUAUUUCUGGGCCCUGUAAAAAUAGUGUUACUGUAAUGCUCUGUUUGGCCUCCUGCCUUGUUUACAUUAAACAAAGGAUAUUUGGUAAAUUUUUCUAUCAAACAUUGUGUAGGUUACUGACAGUGUUACCAUGGCCUGGAAUUCUUGGGCCACCUAUGAAGAAAAAGUCUUCAGAUGGUGAUCGUGUACCUACUAUCUCUUCAAAAGGAGGUUGUGAUCAAGUUCAACUUUUUGUGCUGAUGAUGCAUGCAGGACUAAGAGGGAUAAUCUAAAAAUAAAUAAUGUAAUUUAAGCAAA